CUUUCCAACUCUCACUCUUACACAAGACAGCGUUGAUUUUGAGAUAGAUAGACAUGGCUCUGGAAGCUCUCAACUCACCCACAACAACCGCCCCAUCUUUCCCCUUCGACGACCCAAGCGUGCCAUGGGCAAAACGCAAGCGUUCCAAGCGUUCGCGUGACCACCCUUCCGAAGAAGAGUACCUCGCUCUCUGCCUCAUCAUGCUCGCUCGCGGCACCACCAACCGCCACCUCACCACCCAUCAUUCUUCCAACCUCUCUUACAAAUGCUCCGUUUGCCACAAAGCCUUCCCCUCCUACCAAGCGCUCGGCGGUCACAAGGCUAGCCACCGCAAACUCAUUGCCGCCGAAGACCAACCCACCUCCUCCACCGCCACCGCCACCAGCUCCGCCGGAGCUCCUAGGACCCACCAGUGCUCCAUCUGCCACAAAACCUUCCCCACCGGACAGGCCCUCGGCGGACACAAACGUUGUCACUACGAAGGUAACGCUAACGCUAACGCUAACGGCAACAGUAACACCGCCUCCGAAGGCGUGGGGUCCACUCACACCGUUAGUCACAGCCACCACCGUGACUUCGAUCUCAAUAUCCCGGCUUUUCCCGAAUUUCCGACCAAGCCCGGAGAGGACGAGGUUGAGAGCCCUCACCCAGUGAUGAAGAAGCCUCGUCUCUUCGUGAUUCCCAAGAUCGAAAUCCCCCAAUUCCAAUAAACCGUUCAAUUUUUAAUUUUGGCCCUCACCCAGUUUUUCUUUUUCGAUUAUUUUUGAGAGUUGUUUCGUUUCAUAUUUGAUUUUGUACAUAUAGUACUUGGGGUUUUGUUGGACCGUACCGGACCCAGUUCAGUGGUUUGGGUUGUACUUUGAUAGUGGCUGAUUAUUCGGAAUUCAAUUCAAUUUAUUUGUUAAUUUAUUGAUUGAUAAUAAUUUAACUUGUGAAGUUAAUUGGAUCUA